AUGAAACUAGCAGUCAAAUUCUGUCUAGCACUGCUUACGGUUUCUCUCAUUUUUCAAUUGUUCGCGAUCAUAUCAACUCCGCUAUCAUCUAUACCUCUUUCCACUUCGCCGGGUUUUGAAUAUGGAGUCUUUGGAUACUGUAAUACUAAUAUUCACAAAUGCAGUUCACGGAAAAUCGGUUAUUCACUAGAGUUCGCACCACAUCCAAUGCCACCAAACAAAGUACCUACUUUACCAUCGGGCUUAAAAUAUAGUGUCACCAAAUUACUGGUGGUACAUCCACUUUCAUUUGCUAUUACAUUGACGUUAUACGUACUGAUUUUUCUUAUGAGUCACCAGCAACUGGCAAAUUCUCCCAUGUUUCUUUUAUCGAUUGCACUUUUCUCACUACCCACAUUUCUCAUCUGCCUAUUGUCGUUCCUGGUGGACCUUUUGGUGUUCAGCUCUGAUCUAUGCUGGCCUGGUUGGUUGAUGUUACCGGCUACAAUUGUCAUCGCCGUUUGCUGCUCCUUACUUUGGAAUUUGAGAAGUACAGUUUCAAUCAAGAAUUACGAAACAUUGCAGAGCUCAAGAGCUAAUACAAUUGAAACUCAUUCGAUGCACGAUUGGAGAGAUAGAACAAGAAUUCCCUCCAUUAUUCGUAGCGAUGAUCAUAGUAAACCCCUUCUCGAACCCGAGUUGACUUAUACAAGUACUAUCGAUUGA